GGUUACGCACACCUUGCAAUAAUCACUGCACGGAAUUAGGAAAUGUGCGGGCCACCCCCCACCCCCCACCCUCACACAACAAAGGAGCUAAGGCAGUGAAAUUUAACUCAAGGUUUUGUUGGCGGAUCCUCUCCUUAUUGUGCGUUUGGCUCAGCUCUUGCUUUCCCUAGGAUAACGGAUACCUGGGAGACUGACUUUGCACCUUUCUGAAUGCCAAAGGGGUGGAAAGUGCCACGAAGGAGGGCGGGGGGUGAGAUCCAGUGGCCUGCUCAUUUUUUCCUUGCCACGAUCCUGCAGCCCCACCAAGAUGCUCCCUUUUGUUCCACUCGGGUGAUGUUAGGGAGAGGGGGGGGGGGAAAACACAAUAUCCCUGAACUUAGCUCUGGGAACGAGAGGCUCCUUUUUCUAACCCAUCGCCUUUGAUGCCGCUGCGUGUUCAAGUAAGGAUCUGCCUCCAUUGUGGUUUGACUGACACAGCCUUUUCUAUAAAUUUGAGCAAUUAAGCAGCCUAGUAGCAGCUGGCAAGGAGCUCUGGCAAGAGCUGACACUGACAGAGGAGGAGGCCGUCUCCCGUCCUUUGGCAAGCGACCGCCUUGCAGAACCGCAGCUGGAGAAGCGAGGGGCAUUCCUCAAGCUAGAAUGAAGCUCCCAUCCAUGGUCCAUGGCUCACUGCUUCUCUUCAUCCUGGCCAGCUGGGCCGGUGCCCCCAAGCCCCCCAGCAUCAACCUUCAAACGUUCACUGGUUGUGCCGUGCGUGAGUUCACUUUCCUGGCCAAGAAGCCUGGCUGCAAGGCGAUGCGAAUUACGACAGACUCCUGCUGGGGCCGUUGUCAGACUUGGGAGAAACCUGUGCUGAAACCCCCUUACAUCGAAGCUCACCACCGCGUCUGCACUUACAACGAGACCAAGCUGGAGACGGUGAAGCUGCCAAACUGUGCGGCCAAUGUCAGCCCAUUCUACACGUACCUCAAGGCCAUUCGGUGUGACUGCGGCAUGUGCCUCACCGAAACCACGGAAUGCGAGACCGCCUGAGCCCUUGGCACAAUGGCUGAAGCGCAACCUUCCGUGGGCUCAAUCCUGCUGCUGGCGAAAACCGGCAGUAGGGCAAUGGUGGCGCUGCGAAUCAGGGUGGAAUGUAGUUGCUUGGCUCUGAAAUUUCUCUUCCCUCCCCCCAUUGGCCCUUAUUUAGAGAUUUCAUAUAGCCACGUAGUUGAGGCUUUAGAAACCGUCACCAGCACAUACAGGAAGAUUCGAAGCUGCCUUAUACUGAAUCGGACCAUUAUCCAUUGAGCUAAGUAUUGUCUACUUAAUGCAGUUUUUCUCAAACUUGCCGUUUUUCUCAAACUUGGGUCUCUGGCUCUUGGUGGACUACAACUCCCAUCCUCCCUAGCUACCAGGACCAGCAGUCAGGGAUGAUGGGAGCUGUAGUCUUACAACAGCCGGAGGCCCAAGUUUGAGAAAAAACUGGUUUCACUUGGUUUCAGGCAGAGGGUAUUUUCCAACCUGGGAAGUUGCAUGAAUCGAACCCGGGCCUUAUGCACACAAAAGAGAUGCUCUGCCCCUAAGCCACAGUCCUUCCCUAAUAAAGGAAGCUCCAUGGGAUAGGACCUAACUCUACAGACCUUCUCAUAUGCUAUUCUCCAAGUCAGCACCAGCAUGCAUCGUUGUGCAUUCAGCUUUGCCCAAGUAGAACGGGUUUUCCUCUGGGUUCGGAGUUUUCCUAAACCCAGAACUGCCUUACCGUUCCUUUAAAAAAAACACCCUGCAUUAUUUAUUAAACACUGCUGUUUUCCCUGUUUAAAUUGUGGGGUGGAAUCUUCUCUGCAACUGGGAGGAAAUAAAAGGUCCCUGACUGCAGUUAGUUACAAACGAAACCCUUUUGAUUUCUUUCUCUUGCUCGUUGCCUGUUUCAAUGGCUGUACCUGGUCUCAUAUGAUCUGUGAAUCAAUCUGUGUUCUUAAUAAUGAU